AUCGCAGCCGCCAAAAUGAAGUUCAAUCCUUUUGUGACUUCCGACCGGAGCAAGAACCGCAAACGGCAUUUCAAUGCACCUUCUCACAUUCGGAGGAAGAUCAUGUCUUCCCCACUUUCCAAAGAGCUGAGACAGAAGUACAAUGUUCGCUCAAUGCCCAUUCGAAAGGAUGACGAAGUUCAGGUUGUCCGGGGACACUACAAAGGCCAGCAGAUUGGCAAAGUGGUCCAAGUGUACAGGAAGAAAUACGUCAUCUACAUUGAACGGGUGCAGCGGGAAAAGGCUAAUGGCACAACUGUCCACGUGGGCAUCCACCCCAGCAAGGUGGUGAUCACCAGGCUAAAGCUGGACAAAGACCGAAAGAAGAUCCUGGAAAGGAAAGCCAAGUCUCGACAAGUAGGAAAGGAGAAGGGCAAAUACAAGGAAGAAACGAUGGAGAAGAUGCAGGAGUAGGGGCGUCUCAUACAGUUUUCAUUAAAGACUGCUUGAGUAAAAAAAAAAAAAAAAAAAUCUAGGCACAACCCUACAGAAGAGAGUGGACAGGCAAAGACAGGCAGAUCUCAGGAGCUCAUUGGCCAUCCAACCAAGACGAAGUGAGCGCCAAGCUCUGUGGAAGCCCUUAUAGCAAAAUUAGGUAGAGUGCAUUGAAGAGGACAGACAAACCCUGGAAGCUCAUUGGCCAGCCAGUCUAGCUAAUCAGUGAGCUUCAGGUUCAGUGAGAGACUAAAAGGAGGGAUCGACAGAGGAAAGACACUCAGCAUUAGCCUCUGGCCUCCUCACAUUCUUGUGUACACAGUAACAUCCAUAUUAACAAGUACAUAAGCCAGCACACACUGCCCCUCCCUCUAAAAUACAGUGUUCUUCAAGAUGACCCCACAAAGGGCCUCCAUGGCGCUACACACUCUUAAUCCCAGCACUUGAGAGACAGAGGCAGGCAGAUCUAUGUGAAUUUGAGACCAGCCUUCUCUACAUAGUUCCAAGACAGCCAGGGCUACAUAGAGAGACCCUGUCUCAAAAACAAAGAAAAGAACCAGAGAGGAGACCCAGUGAGCAACAGUUCUCCAGCACUCUGGAGACCAUCCAAUAUGUAUAAUUGUCCCCAAGCAGUAGAACUGUGCCGGCUUCUUCACCCAGCUCAUGAGGGCAAGCCACUUUUAUGUCUUAGCCACUCAUCCUAAGAGCUUCCUUCUGACAGCCCAGAAUUCCUCUUGGCUAAUUCACAGUGCCAUCAGAGCAUCACGUCGCAGCCCAGCCUGUGUUAGAGCCUCCAGAGAGCCUCUGUAAGACCUUUUUGCAGUGGUAUUUCAAAAUCAUCAAACCAUUGAGAUACAUGGUACAUAGUUAACCCAAGUCAUUGGACUCAAUUUUUUUCUUGACACAUUCUAACAUUUUCAGAGAAAAAUAUGGCCCAAGGAGAAGAUGCAGCUGCUCAACCAUAGCCUGAACAGAAAAACUUUGUUCAAUCAACAAAACGUGGUUCUCUAUCCCUCUGCUCCCGCACCAGCUUCUCAGAUGACUAUGUGUAGAUCAGUGGGGUUCCAGAUGC